AUGUUCGUUGGACGUGCUUGCUCGCUCAUAUUCGCUAUUGCCGCAUUGGCGCUAAUGGUAAUACUUCUCUUCUUUCCCUUCUUUGAGUCUAAAUGGAAGACAGCUGAUGCUGACCCUUCUGGAGGCAUCUCACCCAUCAUGAAGGGUGAAAUCACCUUUUGGGAAUUCCGUGAAUGGCCACUGGUGGGUGGACAACCCGGUGAAGAGGUUAAACAUACACUGCGUACGGAGUACUUUACAUGUGAUGAUGGUAAAAUGCGUAUUCAAGCUGUAGAGGGUGUUGCGAUUAUAGCCUCUGCUCUUUGUUUUCUCAACUUUUUAAUGAGUGUUUUUCUCUUCUGUUUUCCCACUAUUUUGCGUCUUCCUUUGACGCUUUACUUUCUCUUGGCGGCUCUUGCCUCUGCGGUGGUUCUUAUUCUCAUGAUGUGGUGGUAUGUGAGUCCCUGGUGUCCGGAGCAGGGCGCACUCAAGGCGGAUACUCUUUACAAGUGGGAGUACGGCCUUGGGUGGAAGUUAGUGAUUGCCUCCUGCGGCUCAUCUCUCAUUGGCUGUAUUAUGGCAGCGAUAUCUUGUUGA